AUGGGCUUCAUCCUCCAAACGAGCAUCAUCUUCACCGUGAUCCUCGGCGUGGCCUUGCAGCUCGUGCUCAAGACCCCCAUCUGGCUAGGCCUGGGAAUCGGCAAGGAAUUCCAGCCUCUCUCCGUUUUCCCCUACUCGUGCCGUCGCAUCGAGGACCCCAGGCUGCAGGCAUGCGAGGACAUGUGGCUGUCCGAGGCCACGCGCCAGCUCUUCCUCGCCUGCUCCGAUCCCCUCUCUCGCCAGCAAUGGCUACCCAACGCACAACACAUGAACGCCUCGGGUCGCUCCACGCGGGACGCCGUAGUCGCACUGGACAUUGACAGCCCCAAGGGUGAUGCAUUUGAGUACCGCGUUCUCGAGACGCCGGGGUUUACGGGCACCGCCGGCGACGGACUGCUUCAGCUCGUCGGGAUAACGGGCAUUGACGCACCGGAGGGCCGCAAGGUUGAGAUUCUUUUGGUCAACAAUGGUCCUUCGGUUGAUCCUGUUACUGGUGACCUCCUCGACCAGAAGAGCGUGGGCGCCAACUCGACGAUUGAGGUUUUCGAGACGGGCCCGAAGGCGAUGGGGAUGAAGCACGUCCGCACUUUUGCCAGCGCUAAUAUCUCGACGCCGAAUAAUAUCGCCGCGUUGUCUAGUGAGGAGUUUUACUUUACGAAUGCUAAUGGCCCCCACAAAGUCGGACUGCAAUUCUUCAUCGGCCCUCUGAUGGUCGACGGCGACGUAUCCUUCUGCUCCGCCUCGUCAGGAUGCAAGCGCAUCUCAGAGCGCCAUCGCAUGCCCAACGGCCUCGUCCGCGGUCUCGACGGCCUCAUCUACGUCCCGAGCUCCAUGGCGGGCGGUGUGCAGGUGUUUGAAGUCCUUCCCAACGACAACGGACUGAAAAAGGUGGCCGACAUUCCCGUGCCCUAUUCGAUCGACAACCUGUCGGUGGACGGCAAGGGCGACAUCUACGCCGCCAUCUUCCCGCGGGGCAUCGAGAUUCUUCAGGCGGCCAAGGACCCGCUGAACGCGAGGCCCAAGAGCGGCGCGGUGCGCAUCCGCAAGGAGGGAGAGGGUGUCUACGUGUGGGAGAAGAUUAUUGAGGAUGGGCUUGGGGAGGUGUUGCCUGGGUCUACUACGGUCGUGCACGAUGCCAAGACGGGGAGGUUGUUCUUUGGUGGUGAGUGCCGUUGUGCCCUGCAUAUGCCGUUUCUGACUGUAUGA